CACUCACCACUACGUUGUUGCCCAUCAGUCACAAUAACGUGGCUAUGUCAUUCGUGACCACAGAAACCGUCUCAGUCUGGUCUGAACAAGAAAGGAAGACAGUUACUUGUACUGAUAAAUUUGCAUUGUUUACAAUUUUGGUCAAAGAUGUGGAGCAAUUUCAUAUUUGUUUUUGUUUUUUUAAUGAUUCCCCUCAUCUCCUUUGGAAAAGUUACAGUGAGAAGAGUCUCAGUACCUGAGGAUCAUCACCUCUACCUGGCCUGCAGCGGCGCCGUUGACUUCCAGUGGACACAUGAAUUCCAUGGGAUCAUAGUCACAAAACAAGGCCGGAUGGUGACUUACCUGAACCACGAAAAAUAUAAACUCCAGCUUGAUGGAUCGCUGCUUAUUAAAGAACUGAAACUCUCUGACUCUGGGCACUACCACUGCAACAACCAGUUAAUGGCAGAAGUGCAGGUACUGAAAGGUCAAAGCUUAGCUGUUUCUUCAGGCAGAGCAUUGUUGCUCCCCUGUAAAGUAUCUGCCAAACACAAGCAGAAGUGGGCCUUCAAGAAACAUGGUCAUGUGAAACAAGCCAUCUUGACUCUGUUCAAAAAUGGGACUGUGAAAAAGGAGAGGGAGGACCCCCAUAACCGAUUUUCCUAUAAUGAUGAUGCCUUGCAGAUCCUUAAUCUGCAGCCAGGGGACUCUGGAGAAUACACUUGUAACAGGAACUUGUCAAACAAUGUGACAGUGUUGAAAGAAAAUCCAGAUCAUCUCAAUAUCCAGAGUACCACUGUUGUUAUGGAAACAGAUGUUGAGAGAAAGAACAAACAGAGAAGCCUAAAUAAUGUUGUGGUGUUGAUAGCUGUCAUUGGGCUCUGCAUUGUGAUGAUUUUGGCUGGUCUGCUCUGCAUUUUGCUGAUUGGAAGACCGAAGAAAGGAACAAAGAAAUGCAAUACAGGAUGCAAGCAGGAAGGAAUUGAACUCAAGACAACAAGUGUGUGCUGGUUAAAUCUAGGGUCUGAAAACACACAGGUUGAUGUGGAUCAGAAUCCUUUGCAGCUUGAAGACACUGAGGUUCAGUAUGCAUCUCUGGGUCGGCAGAACUGGAGGGAAAGAUCAAGAGUUCAAGGAGCAGACAAGAAUCAUGUCAUCUAUUCAGCAGUGGUCACUGCUAAACCAGGCGUCCAUGGCUUGGAGAGAAGAACACAUUGAAUGUUCUCUUUUUUUUGGCAAUUUGUAUUUUACCUAU